UAACCUCGCGCUGCUGUCAGAGUACACUGUCUGUCUUGUGGAAGAAACAAUGACGACGUCAAAAAGUCGUACGAUUUUUACAGCUAUAUUUCUGGCCUUGUCGGGCUGUUAAAAGUCGCUGUUUUAUGUGUCUAAUGGGCGCAUUGCCCAUUUUGUUGUGCACGUCUAACGGUAGUAUUUCCCUUUAGCCCCACCGAGCUAGCUGGCUGUGUAGCCAGAGAAGCUAACAAUGCAGGAGAGGAAAUCAUAAACGCCUUCAGCAAUCACUGCAGCGACUGUCAACCAGCUGUGACAUCAUGAAUCUUGUCCGCCUCGUGUGCCGCCACAAGACGGCUCUGGCGCUCGGCGUCCUCUGUUUCUUUGCUAUGGUCCUCCUCUUCCUCGCCAAAUGCACCUCGGAGACACUGAAGCCGGCCGACUCUCCAGGCAUGGCGCCACGGGCGGAAGCACGACACGAGCGUCCACCGGCUUCUUCGCAUGCCAAAGAGCUUUCUGCGUUCUUGGUGGUCCUCAUCACCACAGGGCCCAAGUACACAGAGCGGCGCAGCAUCAUCCGCAACACCUGGUUGGCCAAAGCAGACCCAGAUGUUCUCGCAUUAUUUGUAAUCGGCACUGAGGGCCUGCCGCCGGAGGACAUCCAGAACUUGAGCACGGAGCAACUGCGGCACCACGACCUCCUGCUGCUCCCGGACCUCCGUGACUCUUACGAGAACCUGACGCGCAAGCUCAUCCACAUGUAUUCUUGGCUGGACCGGAAGGUGGACUUCAAGUUCGUUCUGAAGGCGGACGACGACACCUUUGCUCGCCUGGACCUUCUCAAAGAGGAGCUAAAGGCCAAGGAGCCCAGCCGCCUCUACUGGGGCUUCUUCUCAGGCCGUGGCCGCGUCAAAGCGGCCGGUAAAUGGAAGGAAAGCGCCUGGGAGUUAUGUGACUAUUAUAUACCGUAUGCCUUGGGUGGCGGCUAUGUGCUUUCCGCGGACCUGGUGCACUACGUUCACCUCAAUGCUGCUUUCUUGAAGACGUGGCAGAGCGAGGACGUUUCUCUGGGUGCCUGGCUGGCCCCCGUUGACGUGAAGCGCCUGCACGACCCUCGGUUUGAUACUGAAUACAAGUCGAGGGGCUGCAGUAAUAAAUAUCUGGUCACGCACAAGCAGAGCUUGGAGGACAUGCUGGAGAAACACCAGACUCUGCAGAGGGACGGACACCUGUGCAAGGAGGAGGUGAAACUCCGCCUCUCGUACAUUUACGACUGGAGCGUGCCGCCCUCGCAGUGCUGCCAGCGCAAAGACGGCAUCCCUUGACUUCCUCAUGAUGUUUGUCGCUAUUUAUUUAUUUAUUUAUUUAUCAAUCUAUCAGUGUUGUCUGUGCUUGACCAACCAGCAAUUUAUAUGGACCUUUUUCGGGGGGCGUUUUCUAAGUUUACAUUCCGUGUUGGAGAUGUGAAAUGUUUUCUUUUUCUAAACCCAGCUAUGACUGAGCUAGUUGCUUACUCUGGAUGUGCAAAACUCCUUGUCUUUGCCUAUUUCUGACUUAUUCUACAAGGCUGUGUUAUAAAAGGCCUAUGAGAGAAAUUAUUCGACUUCUGUACACGCUUUUCCCUCCACCUUGCUCAUCACUGAAUGUCCAACCAGAUGUUGUCUGUUUUGACAACAAAUUCUUUGCUGAUUUCUCUUGGAACCAGUAAGAUUAAACUUGUAAACAAGCAAGCAAGCUCCAUAAAAAUAAGCAGGCAGUAUCAUGUGUAUUAAUUGAAUUAGUCAAAGCUGCUAAACCUGGCAAAUGGAGAGUCGCUCUCUUUUUUGAGUGUUGGAAGAAUUAGCUGUUCAAUGUAAAUGCUUUAUGCCAGCGUGCCCUCACAACAACCUUCAGAUGUUACUACUGAGCAGUAGAUCUGUCGAUUUAUUAAAUGUUUUUUUUUUUGCUACAUGAUGCAGCUGAUUGUCUUCUUUUACUUUAUUUUAAUAUACAGUAAUAUAAAAAAUGUUUUUUAACAAGUACACAUCCUCACACUAAACACACUUCUAUACAAUUUAAAGCACAAUUACAGUUUAUUUGCUGAAGUUAACAAAUUGGGUUAUGUGUGCAAAACUUAUGGCACAUUUUAUCGAAUUUAUGCAUUAAAAUGUGCAGUAAAAUGCCAUAUAUAGGAUUGUUCUCAGUAGUCAGUGUGUUUUUGCAUGUAAAAAAAAACAACAUAUAAUAGUAGAAUAAAUACAAACAAACAUUGAUGCAGUAAAAAGUUUUAAAAGUAAAAAGAAUUUCCUGUAAAGUAGAACACAGGUUUAGUGCUGGACUUGUCGGUUCACUCCAGGCAUCGAAUGGAUUUGUUCAAAUCCACCAGCAGCACUGCUGAUUUAAUUUAACAAAGCAUUGAUGAGUCAAAUUGGUUAUCAGAUGACAAUACAAAUAAUUUUAGGCUGUCACAAGGAGAGUUUUGGAAAUGGUUACGUGAACACAUUAUCAUACAUAAAAGCACUGUACAAAUAAACCCAGUGAAGAAAACUAAUAUGACAAUAUCAUAAAUAUUUAUGCUAAGUCUAUGUUUAUUCAGUCAGUGUCUUCUGACUCUUUACUCUGAUGGUUGGAUUGCUGUAAUUAUGAUAACAAGCCAUUAUACUUUUGUUCACUGAACUUUAUUAAAAAGCCAAAACAAUUGCAAAUAACGUACAAAAGGAAUGAUGAUGGGCUUUGCUUGCUCUGAGGUCCUACUAGUUGCCCAACACUCUGACAUGUCUCAGGUUGUCCCUCACACGCACAAAUUCUGGCAUGUUCUUUAGAUCCUCUCGCCUCUUCUGCUCCUCCAGUUCAUACUGAGGACAGAACAAGAUCUCACAUUAGACCACAGCUGAAGACUGCACAAGGAGGAAAAUUAGCAUGUUUUUUCAUUUGUGUACUGCGCUCAUGUGUAGACAUUGCUGAUGAGAGUGCUGGCAAGUUCCUAUAUUUGUUUUUAUUCUUUUUCCAAAUAGAGCUGCACAAUAUGUAAAGAGUUUAAUUCCAAAAUGCUGAAUAUAGGCCUACAUUUACAACAGUUUGGAUAUGUAGUUUGGAAAAGAAUACAAGCUGAUGUAAAAUAGAAAACUCACUUUUAUUUAUGUAAUAAAGGUGACAUUAAUGAUGGCAUUGCUAUUUCUUGUGUGUGUUAAGCUCAAUACCAACAACGUAUAUCAUGAAUAAAAAUGUCAUGCAUUUUGGAA